AUGACGGAAUUGAGUAAUUUUCAAGACAAACUAAAGAACCUGCCAGAUGGUGUCAGUUGCCUCGUGGUGGUGAUCAUGUGUCACGGUAGACUAGGACACAUCUUUCUGUCUGAUGGGAAGGAGAUAGAGCUGGAGGAAAUCUACCAGAUGUUUAACAACAGCCAGUGCCCAGCCCUCCAUAAGAAACCCAAGCUCUUCAUUGUACAAGCCUGUAGGGGAGUGAAGGAGAUUCCGCAACACCUUUACACGGAUGGAAAUACAGUAUCUGGUCCUUCGACGCCAAAGUUGCUUCCCACAGAGUCUGACAUCAUGGUUGUGUAUGCCGUGUGUCCAGAAAAACUGGCGAUUAUACACCCGGACAAUGGAUGCCCACUGUUUGUGGAGAUGGAGAAGGUGUUUAAGGACUUUUCGACUUCCCGCCACAUGUACGAGCUCUUCACCAAGGUGAACAGAAGUCUGGACAACAGAGUUGAAAAGCACGGAUUCACACUUGAUACGGAGGCACCACGUAGAGAAGUCAAAACAGAUCAAUUGAUACGCCUUGAUCCAGCAGUUGUGAGUGACUUAGGGCGCUCACUUCAUAUCGUGAGCUCUCUGACCAAAAAGUGGUACUUUUGAAAGAGAGCAAAAGUUUCAGAGAGGAAAACAUGAGAAUAAGAGAUGGAGAGAUCACAGGAGAGGAGAUAAUGACUGACAAAAAUAUUAAUGAUAAAUGUCUCGGGUCAAUAAAGUGCAUUGAUCUAUUUGAUUUGGCAGGACUGUGAAAGAUAUUGACAACAUGUACAAGUUCAGGAAGGUCCCGCCCUGUUUCGUUCAUUUUGCUUCCAUGUUGUGUAUAAUGUACUCUUGUCAGAUCAGGACAUGUUCAUAAUUAGUCCUUUUUUCUAAACUAAAUUAAUUAGAUACUGAGUUAGAUAAACUCUCAGAAAGGCAUUUUUGUUUGUGCAGUCUUUUCAUUUAUCAUUCAUCACUUUUUAUUCAUAAUUUAUUUCACUUUUCACUUAAUCAAGUAAUCUACAGUUCUUUAAUCUGAUCUCACUACAGGAUUGUAGUGGAGUAUAUAUUGUUUUGAUAUUUUAAUGGGUGUCAUUUGACGUUGAUUUCAUUCUAUAUUCUUAACCAGAAAGUUGAUUGUUUUGCAAUAAAAAUAUUUUAUUUCGAGAUCUUA